GCUGUUCCAAUACUCUUUACCUGUUGGAUUUAUUGACAUCAAACUCGACUUUUUCCUCGAAUUUCCAUCAAAAAUGACUAAUUAAUGGAAUUCCUGGAGUUGGAUUGUCUCAGGAUAUCAUUAAGCAAGGCUAAUAUUAUUGCUUUUAGUGACAUGGCUGUCUUAGAUGACCGUUAUACUCAAGCAAAGUCCAUCGAGUGUUUGGAGCUUAUCAAAGUCAAGUCUUCUUCAAAUUAAGACUCUCUUCGAUUCUUCAGCAUUUUUUACUGUUUUUGUCUAAAUCCAAAGAACCAUGGCUUCUGUUAAAGUUGCUGUAAGAGUCAGGCCUCUAAAUAAAAGAGAACUGGAUAUGGAAGCAAGGACUAUUAUCGAGAUGGAGGGCAAAAAGACACGGAUUUAUAAUCUAAAGGCUACUACAGGAGAGGGAGAACGAAAACAGCAAGUCAAGGAUUUCUCGUUUGAUUAUUCAUACUGGUCUGCAGAUUCUAAUUCCAGUCAUUUUGUAACGCAACAACAAGUGUACAAUGACCUUGGUACGGACGUCGUCAAGUCAGCAUUUGAAGGUUACAACAGCUGUAUAUUUGCAUACGGUCAGACUGGUUCAGGAAAGACGUACACCAUGAUGGGACAUGGAGGAGAUGAUGGGCUGAUACCACGGAUCUGUGAGAAAAUGUUCAAACAGAUGAAGAAAAACUCAGAUGUUGAUUCAGGUGUUUCCUUCAGGACUGAAGUCAGUUUCCUGGAGAUUUACCAGGAAAAAGUGCGAGACUUGCUUCGACCACCUGUCAAAAAUCGUCCUGUUCACUCACUGCGGGUCCGAGAACACCCAAAAGAGGGUCCUUAUGUACAAGACCUCACAAAGCACUUGGUGUCUGACUUUGGUGCUAUAGAGCACCUAAUGCAGCAGGGAAACUCCCACAGAGUGACUGCUAGUACUGGUAUGAAUGACGUCAGUAGCCGAUCUCAUGCUAUCUUCACCAUGAACUUUACUCAGGCCAAGUUUGAUAUGGAUAUGCCAUGCGAAACUACAAGCAAAAUGAACCUGGUGGAUCUGGCAGGAAGUGAAAGAGCAGAUGCCACAGGGUUGACAGGGGAGAGACUGAAGGAAGGGGCCAACAUCAACAAGUCUUUAGUUACACUUGGAACAGUUAUCUCUGCUUUGGCUGAUGCUUCUACUGCACAUGGUGGACAUCACAAGUUUGUUCCAUACAGAGACUCAGUACUAACCUGGUUACUGAAGGACAGUCUUGGAGGCAACUCAAAAACUGUCAUGAUUGCUACCAUUUCUCCUGCUGAUGUCAAUUAUGCAGAGACAAUGAGUACACUGAGAUAUGCAAACAGAGCCAAGAAUAUCAUCAACAAACCAACUAUUAACGAGGAUGCCAAUGUGAAGUUGAUAAGAGAAUUAAGAAGUCAAAUAGAAAAACUCAAGGCCAUGAUCAGCCCAGAUCUUCUUGGUGAAGGAGAGCUGGCUGCGGCUAAAAAACUGUCAGAAAAUGAAGCAAGGGUGAUGCAACUGACUGAUAAGUGGAAGGAUAGAUGGAAGGAAACACAGAAGAUUCUAGAGGAGAGAGAAAUGAGGCUGCAACAAGAGGGUGUUGGGAUCAAGAUGGAUUCAGUCCUGCCUCAUUUGGUGCUGGUAGACGAUGAUCUGCUCAGCACAGGGAUUGUCGUUUACCAUCUCAAGGAAGGGAAAACCUCUGCAGGACAUGCGGAUGAUCGCAAGAAACCAGAUAUAGUGAUCAGUGGGCCUGAGACAAAUAUCGAACACUGUAUAUUUGAACACAACUCUAAAGAUAAGGUUAUGCUCAACCCGCUUGACUCGAUGUGUUUCAUCAAUAACAGCCGUGUAUCUAAACCAACAAGACUGUUUCAAGGUGACGUCAUAAUUCUUGGACAAACCAACGUGUUUAGGUUCAAUCAUCCUAGAGAGGCUGCGCAACUGAGAGAAAAGAGAAAGUCGUCUUCGAUCAGUGGACUUGCGUGGUCAACCAAGUUCCGUAGUGAGACAGACCUGUUCAGAUCAACAGGUGAAAAGCCUCUGUCCGUGGAGCUAGAGAAGGCCAAGUACGAACUGGAGCAGCAAAAACAGAUGGAAGGUCAAAAACUGGAAGAAAUGAGGACUGAGUUCGAAAAGCAAAUCCAAGACGAGGGAGUUCGACUAGAAGAAAUGAGAGCCGAGCUGGAACGACAAAGAAAACUGCAUUCAAUGGAAGCGCAGAACGUCGAGGAAGCAAGGAAACGAGUGUCUGACAUGGAGAAAAAACACGAAACAGCGGAACGCGAUAGAACGAAGCGUGAAAAAGAACUGACAGAAGAGAUCGAGAAAAGAGACACGGACAUCAAAACAGUACGUGAACAACUCGUGAAGCUGCGUAACGAAAGUGAGCAGGCAAAACAACAAGCAGACGACGUGUUAGGUGCUUUGAAAGAUAAAAUACGAAAACAGAAAGAAGAAGAAAUGGUGCAGUUAAACCAGGAUGUCAAGAGGAUCGUCGAGCUUGAGGCAGAAAUGAAUGGGAUGCAAGAACAGGUUGAAAAGGAACGAAAAGAGAUGAGAGAAAAAUGGGAAAUUGAAUCUCGUAGUAUCAAAGAACAUAAAGAAAUCCUGAUGAACACUAAGAAAGAUUACGAACAGAAAUUUAAUUCGUUGGAGGAAUCAAAACAAGAAACGAAGCACGAGAAGGAGAAGUUCGAAAAAGAGAAGCGAGAAGCUUUGAUUAAAAUCCGCGAGACCGAACGUAACCUAGAAGUGCUCAUAAUACGACGAGAGAAUGCUUUAGCUAUAGCAGAGAAUGAUAUGUUGAAGAGAAGAGAAGUGGUAGAAAUGGAAAUGGCAGAGAAUCGAGCUGAACUGGAAGAGGAAAGAAGGAAACUUGUCGAUAAGAUGGAGGAACAUGAAGUAAUGUUGGACCACGCGGCAGAUAAACUCGCUAACGCACAAAAUACACUAGAAACUAAAACAAGAGAAGAAAACAAAAAGAUCGAUGCUGCUAAGAAACGUUUUGAUGAACUUCAGCAAAGUUUAGCCCAUUCGGCGAAGAAAGCAGAGGAGGAUUUACGAGAAAAGCGGCGCAAGUACGACGAGGUUUCCGAAAAACGUCAACAGACGAUUGAUAAAGAAAGGAAAGCACUUGAUUCCUUGCGAGGAGAAUUGUCUGUCAUGGUAGAAGAACUGAGCGAAUCUACGGGUAAUGACAGAAAAGAGUUAGAAAAACAAAUCCAAAGUAAACAAUCAAGAUUAGACCAGCAACAGGUACAGUUAGAUGUGUUAGAAGCAGAAGACAAAAACAUCUCAGAGGAUAUCGAGAAGGAGUUUGAAGAAGAGCUUGAGCGUAUACAAGCGAAGGCACGACAAGACCAAACAGCUAUGGAACUAGAACGACUAAGCUUAGAAGAACUACAAGACGCCAAGAAUAUCAAACUACAAAAAGAGGAAAGAGAACUUAAAGACGCGCAAAAGGAAUAUAACGAGAUGAAGAUGAUGUUGAAUAACAAUAGAAAGCAAUUGGCCGAUGUAGAAGUGAGGUCAGACAGAGCAGCUUCGCUUGGUGAGCAGCGUUUAUUAGAAAUAUCUAAAGCACUAGAGGAAAAACUCACAGGUACUACACAACAUGAUGAAGUGUACAAGCUACGAGAACGUCGAAUACAUCUGAAGGAAAUAGAUGUCGAAGGAAAGGUAGAACUUGCCGAGAAGCAAGAAAAGAUAAGCAACGAUGCCGAUAAUAUUAAUGGAGACAUAAAAAGACUGAGUUAUGAGUUAGAAGAGAAGGGCAAAGCUAAAGAGAAGUUAGAAACAGAGUUGAAGGAAUUGAUAGCAAAGUUUUCGCGUGAAAGAAAUGAAGAAAGCGCUACUCUCGAUGCAAUGAAAGAAAACAUUCAGGAUAUGGAAGAAGAGGCGAACCUAUCGAGGAGUUUGACUGAAAACCAGAUAGUAUGUGGCAUCGUCAAAACCGGUGAUGUGGCGGUCGAGCAACUCCUUCAGAAAGAGAGAGACAGGGUCAAAGCUGAAAUGGAAAGUAAAAUAAAGGAAUUGGAAAAAAGACAGAAACAAGAAAUGGAAGAAUAUAAACAGCACCAAAGAAACGCGUUAGAGAAACUCGAGCAUGAAAGAAUAGAGCUGGAAAAACAAAAAGAGGAACUAGAAAAAGAGAUGCGGAAAGAAAAGAUAGCACUUAACGAGGAGAGAAGAAUGCUGGAGCGAGAUAAGUUUGAGGACAUUGAUUUGAUUAUUAAAAAUAAAGAGGAAGAGAUUGAAGAUUUGAAAGAAAAGGCACAACAAGAGAUAGAUGAGCUGAGAGAUCGACUCGACGAGACGGAAAGGGAAGUCUGCCAAUUACAAGAAAAGUUGACUAUUUAUACAUCGAUGGCUAGUAUGAAUGUACCUAAUGGUAAUGACGAUGAGCUGAUGGCAGAUGGGGAAGUUAUGCAAUACAUGUAUCAAGAUGAGAAUGAAAUAUAUAGUAGUAACCUAAGCCUAACAGGAUCCGUCACACCACCUCGUAUCACCCCUCCCCCAACACCUGUCAAUAGGUUCCUGACGUCUGUCAACAACAUGAGAAAUAAUCAAAUCAAUGUACAAAUACCGCGCUAUAUCUUACGAGGACUGGGGCGAGACUCUUAUCACGUGUUCGAAGUGAAGGUUACUAUAGGAGGAGAGACGUGGUCCGUGUACAGGAGAUAUCGAAAAUUUAGAGAAUUACACAAUACGAUGAAAAAGAGUUAUCGCGAGAUUGGAGAACUGGACUUCCCAAAUCGACGAUUUUUUGGAAAUCGGGCUGAAGAGUUUGUACGAGCACGGCGCGCGCAGCUAGAGACAUACCUCAAGUCCUUCAUCAAUCUAUGUACCGAUUUCCGAGACUGUCCUGUGUCAGCAUCCUCUGGAAGACCGCUGUCCAAACGUGACUUGUGCAACUUCGCUCCAUUUUUUAAACAAGGAAUAUUCGAACAGACUAAACAUUACAGUUGAGUGUAUUUUAAGGAAUAUUUUAUGCAAUCUUUAAAAAUAUAAGUGUACAUAGAAUCACGACAUAAAUUAUUUGCUGCUCGGACAGAAUUUAAAUGUAACGUUGCGUGACAUCACUAUGAGUCACGCAAGGUCAUAGUUGUAAUAAUCGUGUGUUUGUAACGCAAUAUUACUAGCUUGAUAACCUAUGAUGUACAGUGCAUAUAUUUUUAUAAAAAUUGUGGGAGUUUUGCUUCCUUAAUGUACUUACUCUUUUUAUAAAAAGAACAUGGUAUUUUGUCAUCGGACACUAACCACUAAAAAAAAUGCUCUUUUGCUUUACUCAUAGAUAUAUCGAACACCGGCCUAAAAAUUAACGAAACAGUUGUAUUUUACAUAGAGUACAUAAUAAUUCUGCAAUUUUACACGAACAAAUUGACUAGAAUAAUAAAAAAAUAAAACAAUUUCAAAUACU